AGUCUCUCUUCUUCCCCCAACCAAACCCAAAAAAACACAUUUGACACAAAGAGAGAGAGACUCUUCUAACGUGCGCAGCUCUCUCUCCCAAAUCUUAUCCUACGCCGCACCACCAUCUUCUUCUCCGGCGAAAAACAAAAGAAAAAAACCACCACCAUGGGGAAAGGCCGUGCUCUUUCGGACGGAGUGAUAAAGAAGAUCAUCCUCUCAUACACCUAUGUCGCAAUCUGGAUCUUCCUCAGCUUCACAGUCAUCGUCUACAACAAGUACAUCCUCGACAAGAAGAUGUACAAUUGGCCAUUCCCAAUCACUCUCACCAUGAUUCACAUGGGCUUUUGCUCUUCCUUAGCCGUCAUUCUCAUCAAAGUCUUCAAAGUCGUCGAGCCUGUCUCAAUGUCUCGCGAGACUUAUCUCAGAUCCGUCGUACCAAUCGGCGCGUUGUACUCACUCUCCCUCUGGUUAUCAAACUCUGCUUACAUUUACCUCUCCGUCUCCUUCAUUCAAAUGCUCAAAGCCCUGAUGCCUGUAGCAGUUUACUCGAUCGGGGUCUUGUUAAAGAAAGAGACUUUCAAAUCUCAGACUAUGACUAACAUGCUCUCGAUCUCGUUUGGUGUUGCUAUUGCUGCUUACGGUGAAGCCAAGUUUGAUGGUUGGGGUGUUUUUCUUCAGCUUGGUGCUGUUGCUUUUGAAGCUACGAGGUUGGUUUUGAUUCAGAUCUUGCUUACUUCUAAAGGAAUCAACCUUAAUCCAAUCACUUCUNUCUCUUCUUCCCCCAACCAAACCCAAAAAAACACAUUUGACACAAAGAGAGAGAGACUCUUCUAA